GAGACCAGAAUCCGAUCGGGUUAUUUGGGAAGGACAAAACGACAAAAUGAGUCGGGAAAUUGCUUACUCGACGGAGGUGACCAAACUGCGACACAACAAAUACCUAUGGGCCUCCCGUGUUAUCACUGUCAUGUGGGCCAUUCUCACCGUCUGUUUCGCUAUCCUCAAUGCCGUUGCUUUUGUACAGGCUCAGUGGCUCGGGGAUACAACGGAAUCCCCGGGGGUAGGAUUCUUUGGGCUGUAUGAAUACUGCGAAACGUUACAGGUGGAUGGAGAUUAUUCUUGUAAAGGAGAUUUUAUGAGUUUUGACACCAUCCUUAAUGAUUCCUUCCGUGCUGCCAGUAUGCUUGUAGGCAUUUCGGCACUUCUGUUCAUCGUCAGUGUUGUCUGCCUACUCCUCUUCUUCUUCCUCAAAGCAGACAAAGUCCUCAAGAUCUGUGGCUGGCUCCAAUUAAUUGCUUCCCUUUGUAUCAUGACUGGGUGUAUUGUUUAUCCAAGUGGUUGGGAUGACCCAAUGGUCCGAAAAGUCUGUGGAAAGGAAGCUGCCAAAUACAACUGGGGGAGAUGUAACAUGAGAUGGGCUUUCAUUCUAUCUAUUGUGCUGAUCUUCGAUGGUUUCGUUUUGUCAUUCCUUGCCUUCAUGUUAGCUAAACGUCAAGCUAACCUCUUGCCCAAGUAUAAAGAGGAAAAAUCUGUUGCCAUAGCCAACGGUGGAUACAAUGCCAGUAUAAACGGUUCGUUUGUCAAUCCUGUCAUGUAUCCAGAAGAAGAGAAACAGCCACAACCAUUCAGUACAUUCCACACUCCUUACAGUCAAGAUGAAGUGGACAAUAAGGAUGAAGUUUUCGAAGCUUAUGACCGGGAUCAGGAUAUUCGCCUGUAAAUUUCUGAUGUGAUGAAUUUUUCAGGUUGAUAUUCAGAAGUCUUUCCAUUAGCUAUAAUGCUGCUAACAAACUGAUUUGAAAUUUAUUGUCCAUGGUUAUGAUUUUCUUGCUAAAGAAAUUAUUAGAUACAUUUAUGACAUUAGA